AUGAUAAGAUCUGUUUUAAAUCGUAAUCAUAGAUUUCCAAUUUCCACCUUUAGAUCAACCAAGUUAUUGUCGCCAACAAUUAUGUCAUCGCACUCGCCAGCAACACCAGCAGCAGCAGCAGCAUUAGCUAGACUCUCACUAACUAACCAACAUCUCAUGCUAUCACGUACAAAUGCCACCAGCACAACCUCUUCGGCACCUGAUUCACAAACCACGAUUAAAACCACGCCAAGAGCACCACUUGUAAUUCCAACGGGCCAGGGAACGAAAUAUACCGCUACAUAUGCCAACUAUGCCACCACUGAAGCGGGCAAGAUUAUUUCAUAUUUCCACGAUAUCCCUCUUGAUUUGGACCCAGCUACUAAAGAAGCAAACUUUGUAUGCGAGAUACCUCGUUGGUCAAAUGCCAAAUUUGAAAUUGCCACCAAAGUCCCUGGCAAUCCUAUAAUUCAAGAUACCAAGAACGGUAAAGUACGAUUUGUCAAGAAUUUGUUUCCUCAUCAUGGAUACAUUCACAAUUAUGGCGCGUUCCCUCAAACUUGGGAAGACCCAUUUGUGCAGCACUACGAUUUAUACGGUGAUAAUGAUCCAUUAGAUGUGUGUGAGAUUGGUCUGGAUAUCUUGUCCACCGGUGCAGUUAAGCGCGUGAAGAUUCUUGGGUCAUUGGCCUUGAUUGACGACGGGGAAAUGGAUUGGAAGGUGAUUGUGAUUGAUGUUGAUGAUGAACUCGCUCUGCAGGUUAAUGAUAUAAGUGAUAUAGCCGAGUCGUGCCCUGGAUUUUUGGAAGCGACAAGACAAUGGUUUAGAGAUUACAAGUUGGCUGAUGGUAAACCAGCAAAUGCCUUUGCGUUUGAUGGGAAUUUUAAAUCAGCGGAAGAGACAAUUAAAAUUGUUCAGGAAUGUAAUGCCAGUUGGCAGCAAUUGAUUGCUGGCAAAGUGGCCAAACACGAGAAAUUGCCCAGCAUUUUGAAUACCACAAUUGAUAGCUCACCCGGUUAUGUCUAUGAUUUGCAAAUAAAAUUAACCAACCCUGUUCAACCCGAUGGCCCAAUGCCGGUUGACACGCACAAGAACUACUUUUUCAAAACCAAUUGA